AUGAAUUUUGAAGUACUUAGAUAUGGGGACAGCAGCGCUGAGGACACUCUAGUACUUGCUUUGUGUAACGAAAAGCCCAAGGAAGGAGUACAGACUGAGAAUGAUCAUAUUAACCUGAAGGUGGCAGGGCAGGAUGGUUCUGGGGUACAGUAUGAGAUAUAGAGGAAUACGCCACGAAAACUAACAAAAGCCUAUUGUGAAGGACAGGGUUUGUCAAUGAAGCAGAUCAAAUUGCGAUUUGAUGGGCAGCUAAUCAAUGAAGCAAACACACCUGCACAGUUGGAAAUGGAGGAUAAAGUUACAAUUGGUGUGUUCCAGCAGCAGACAGGAAGUGUUCACUAAAAAGGGAACCUGCUACUUUAUUAGAGAACUCUGGUCCUCCAGACCAAGACAUUCUGAGAAAACUGCUGUUUGGUUCCACAACAUUCUGACAACUAUAGUAUGCUACUGAUUUUUCUAUUCCUUCACUUUCCCUUUCUCUUUCCUUUAUUGUACCUUACAUACAAUAAGAUACAAUAAGGUACCUAAGGUACAUGAUGUGUGUGCAUGAGCAUUUGCACUUUUUAAAAGUAGACAGCUAAAUGGUAUGUUGAUGGACAUCAAAUGGAGAUUAGAUGGGGGAAAAUACUGGCUCUGUGAAAAUGCCACCCUUUCCAUUAGUGGCACGCUCAUUCGG